GCACGUCACCGCCCAUCGAUUACAGACUUCAUCUCUAUGUUUGAGAUAUUCCUAGGCAUCCGAGAUGGAGCCCUUCCCAAAACGACAGCGAUUAUAUGCCCCUUUGAGUCGCGAAUUCCCCCAGAGUUUCGAUAAUCAGCAUGCAUACUGUGACGAACAACCCGAUGAACUCGAGGACGAUUUCGAGGAUGAAUUGCAGGAGGAGUAUGAGGAUGAGGAGGAAGAGGAAGAGACAGAAGUGUCCGAUCCCGACGGAGAUCUCCAGCAGAAACGAGCGCGACUCGACUACAAGUUGAAAUCCACCUUCGAGGCCAUCUUUGAAAAGUAUGGACAGGAUUUCGAGGGAGUUGGCGAUGAGAUUGAUCUGGAGACUGGCGAAGUCGUGGUCAACAAUGGACAUUUACUCGAGAUGCACGAUGAGAGGGAUGCUGGAGAUGCGAGUCGCCGGAAUCCGCAGAGAGAAUAUACUGAGGAGCCGGAGGACACAGACGAUAUUCCAGCCAGUUCUUUGGAGGAGCCAGAAGUUCUGGAUGACGAGGAUGAUGAAGAGGAAGACGAAAUCUUGAGUGAAGACGAAGAGAUGAUGGAAGAUGAUUUAAUUUUGCGCGGAUUUGCUAGGGCAAACCGAUUCAUACAGGCAUCGCCAGAAUUAGGACCUUCGAGGCCAGUAAUUCCACCUCGAAGAGAACCACGGCCAGCUGCAGCUGCGCGCCCAGUCAUCCGAGGAAGCGUGCUACCGUCAAGAACCGAUAUUCUGGCGCAGUUUGGACCCCAACUUGGACCACAAAUUGUGGACUUUGUCUCCCAGCAGCAAGUACCAAAUGACAGCCAUAUUGAACCCGCAUGGCGAGCCCCUGAGCUACCGAGUUUUGCGCCUGUGAAACGUCCCACGGUCAAGCGUGCCACUCUUGCCCCAGAGAUUGAACGUUCUCCGUCUCCUGAAGCGUCGAAGUCGGUAUGGGCGCCAAUUCGGACGCGCGGUCCAAAUAAACCCAAGUUUCCCAAUGCAGAUACCAUUUUCAGGGGUCAAAGUAUGAUGCCUGUCCACCAUCACAAUCAGCCUCCGAAUCCUAUUAGACGUCAGUCAAUGGGUGAUUUGAGUCUACCUUAUCAGGCUACUUUGCCCAGAACCAAGAGAAUCCGGAGAAAUUUCACAGCUGAAGAUGACCAAAUAAUUCUAGAUUGGGUUGCUAGAGCAAAGGCCAGAGGCCAGGCGCUAUUGUCGGACGCUAUAUGGAGAGAGCUAGAGGCGAAGCAUCCCAAUCACUCCGCUAAGUCGUGGAAGUCUCGCUACCAUCGCAGUUUUACAUAUCUGUCAAACCAGGCCGAUGACCAUGGAUCAGAUUCAGAGACAUCUGUCGAAAUUCAACAUGCUUUGCCAAGAACUAAGAAGGCUCGGGUAAUGUUCACAGCCGAAGAUGAUGAGAUUCUUCUUGACUGGGUCGAAAGAGUACGGGAGCGUGGCCUGCCAUUGUGGUCAGAACGCCAUUGGCAGGAGCUAGCCGACAAUCAUCCACGUCAUAGUAUGAAAUCGUGGCAAGGACAUUAUCAAAAUUGCUUCAGACAUCAUUGGUCAAACCAAACUGAAGAAGUCGGGUCAGUAACCUCGGACACAUCCAUUGGCACUCAUGUCCUCGAGGAGCGCGAGGCUGCCAAAGCCUGGCCAGGAGCUGUGUCAUAUGUUCCUAUGCGCCAACCCGCCUCGGAACGGCCAAGUCGAAUUCGAAAACCUGCUCAGCGUGAUUCAAGAAUAAUCAGUUGGUCUGAAGCAGUUGACACUAUUCAAUCAUUGGACCCAGUCUUGCAUGCUGAGAUGCUUGAAGAUAAUAAGCGGAUGAAAGCUGAGCACAGAUCCUUUGACUACACAGGAACUGCGAGCAAUCCCGGCAAAAAAAAUUCAGGAAAUCAACCACGGGUCAAUGGAAAUGCCGAUGGUUAUCGACCAAGAAACUCUGGAGGAGCUUUUAAUGAUUUCGUUGAGCCUGAAAAUCAUCUAGAUUCUAUGGCUGUAGAAGUUAGUCCCUCGCCCGAAGAGGCCAAAGUCCGAGCUCCUUGUCCGCAUGCAGACUGCAGGCCAUUCGGUACUAUCAUGUACCGACUCCAGAGACUCGAUAAUGAGGACUUGUCAGAAAUGUGCUUGCAUCUGUUCAGGGUCCAUCACACGACUCCUUUCCCCUGUGGCGAACUUGGUUGCAAACGCAAAGGCGAGGAUGGGUUCUUCAUGCAGGCGGAUCUCGUCAAACAUGUUAGGACAGAUCAUCCAAAUGCUGGAGCUCUGCAGAGAUUACGAGGCCGUGUUGAUUCUGAAUUACUGGACCGCAGCACUCACCCUAUGAAGAAUAUGAGCAGCGUCCCUCUCAAUGAUAGACCAGUCAGCCGAGCCAAAGACUCUGACUUUAUGUCGCCAUCAAAGCGAAAUGAUGUAAGAAUCACAUCGAGCAGCCGCCCGUUUUCCUCAAGUUCCGACCAUGACCGUACCCCAAGAGGAACAACUGGUAUGCUUGGAGCUUCGACAUCAACUCCAAUGACAAGUGUCUCCUCCUUGAAAGUAAACCGUUCAUCAGGAACGACGGUUGUCAUGCGAGAAGUCAGCGAAUCUCAAGAAAGCUUGAUGUCAGAAGAACAAGCUGAUGAGGGCAUGAAUAUGUCAAGCCGGGAUGGCCAAGUUCGAACGCAGCAAUUCGACGGACGCGUCUCCUCAAACGCUAGAGUGCCGGCAUUGCGAGAACCUCUGGUGGAAGAGCCUCCGCUGUCGAGAAACAACGUCGGUCGCAACGUUCUGCCGACACCCCUGGCUUCAACUUGGGAUUCACCGAGACAUGAGGUCGAUGAACAUUCUGGAUAUCGCGAAAAUCCCGAGCCUAUGUCCAGAGAUGAGGAAGAAGCAGGUGGAGAGUUACAGCUCCCCAAACACCCUAGUUCAUCAGCGAUGCGAACAGCUUCCGGGUCACAAUUACCGCCUCCCGGUAAAUCUAUCAACCCCCAAAGUUUGCUGGAUAAAGGACGAACGAGCUCCUUGCCAGAGCCAAGGAACAAGGCUCCACCGAAGAAGACUCCUAUAUCGCAAUCGAUUGCUCGUAAUGGGCUCGAUCCUUCAUACGAGUUCUCAGAUGAGGAGAUUUGCCUAGAACCAAUGGCGAAACCACUGCCUCCCAGAUCAAAAGAAGUUUUGAUUGCCGCACCACAAUGUGCCGUACAAACUCCUACCACAACUUCCACCAAAAUUCCACCUACGACCGUUCAUCCCAUAACAAAACCUUCAGUUCCUACUCCUGCAUCGAAGCCUUCUCUCAAAAAGCCAGUCGCACAGCUGAGUGUCAAAACCUCAAUUGCAACUCCUGCCAAUCAACAAAAGUCCAUGCUGCAACGUAUACUUAGCGAUGACUACGACGAACUGAGCCUCGGCGCCGACGACUUUGUCUUCAUGUUCUCGCGGCCGCGUACAGACGCCCGCCGUAGUUCGAAAGUCCGGGUGAAGCAGGAAGAUUCAGCAGAGACUCCCCAGGUCGCAUCUUCUGUGCCCGCGAGAAAACGAAAACUGAGUAUGUUUCGAGCCGGCAGUGAUGAUGAGCUGUGUGUGGUUGGACCAUCGCCUCCAUCACAACACCCCCUCUCCACAGUAUCUAAGCCCGAUAUCAAAAUAGAAGAGGACGAUGCUGGUCUACCUCUCCCACUGCCCACAAAACUCAAAGUCGGCACGAUGAGAGUAAGUGAUAUACAGGCCGAAGCCUCAUCGCCGCAAUCGAAAACUCAAGCUCGGCCGAAGAGCAACAAUCCAGCGGCUACCACAAGCACUCCCUUGCUCGACCUUACACCUUCUCAAAGUAAGCUCAGCUAUCCGAAUGACGGCCGAGAGAUCCUCGACUCAGCGGCGGGGUCAUCUCCUCCCGACCAGGGCUCAUCGCCCACUCAUCCCCGCAACCGAACUCGAGCACAGAGGGAAGCGGCAGGAACCAGCUCACCUUUAAUCGGACUUCUCACCCCAGUUCGGAGGAAACGCUGGCCCGGAGAUCCCUUGAAAGGAGAGCAGGUGACCGUGAUUAUUAAGACUCCGGGUGGGACGCUGCGCAGAUGUGGAGAAAACGGGUUUGAAUGUGGGAGGUCAUUUUGCUUUCGCUGCGGCGAGAGACGAUCAGGAUAGGACGGAUGUCUGCUUUGGCUUUGGCAGCGUAAAGAACAGGAUAGGACGGUUGGCUAACUGAGAAAUACUUGUAUUGACUUGCCAAGUAUAAUUCCCGGUUACAAGACGAUUGUAUAAGUUGCUUGCUUAAUUGAAAACUUAUUGCACUACCCCUUUUCCAACUCGCUUAUUUCAGGCCAGAGCUCGAGAUCCACUGCCGACCGCAAUGGAGAGCUUGGAUGGAAUGAAGUACAAGGCACAAUUAAGAUCGGUUUAAAUAACACUGGCAGCUCAAGAAUCCGAUUUCUAUUCACACAGCC